CUAGGUUUGGCCGGAAUUUUCUAUUCCGGGUUUCGCUCCAAGAUUUAGACACUCCCUAACCGCGAUGCUCAUUGAUGCAUCACUUUUGUUGUGCCACAACAUUAGGUUAUUUGAACGUCCGAUCUGUUGAUUUUGCUGUUUAUACGUUUUAUACACAGACAUUAACUUACGUCUACGUGUCUUCAUAUUUUUAGAAAUACAUACUAGCAGCGGAUAACCGAAAGCACGUGUUUUGAAUCGGUACGGAAGGUGCUGUUGUUUACAUUUUGGCGGAUUUCCCACAGAUACUACCGACAUGAUGGAGAUGCGACUAGUUGGUCUGAUGAUUUUGUCCAGCAUGCUCCUAGGUAACGUGGACGCACAGGGGACAUGCGUCCCUAUUGACACAGCACUAGAAGACUUCCAAGUGAAGCGUUUCUUCAAAGAAAGCGAUACAGGUUUUGAGAAUGGUUUAAGUUGCUCCUGGACGCUUAGGGCUGUCAAUAACGAGAGUACCAUUGCCUACCAGAUCACGAAUAUCAACCUGGGUAUUGAUGACCUUCUCAAUGUCUAUGCAGGAACAACCACAUCUGACCCUAAUGUGUUGGUCAAUCAUACUGGUGUAGGAUCGUCACAGAAUGUAGCCAGUGUAGACACACCAAACAUCCUUGUGACGUUUGAAACAGGAACCGUUGCGCAGACAACUCGACAGACUUUCGAAACUUUUUUCAUUGCAGGAUCAGACAGAUCCGGAGCUGUAUCGUGCGUGAAUCAGACCCUAAUAGCUACUGCUGAUUCACAGCUUUUGACGUCUCCCUCAUUCCCUGGCCUGUAUCCAACGUCCGAGCAAUGUAGUUGGACCAUCUCAGCACCAGAGUCUGCUACUCUUGAACUGACAUUUUCAAUGAUUGACAUUGAGGUGGGGGACUCGCCGGACAUCUGUAACUAUGACAGACUCGUUGUUUAUCUGCCCGGCCAAAGGGACAGCCCGGAAUUACUGGUGUGUAGACGUAAUAUUUGGGUCCAAGAGACCCACACCAUAGCAAAUAACCAGGUUCAGCUUGACUUCGAGGGGGACGAUUCGGAUUCGUAUGGAGGAUUUGUGUUAACUUACAGAGCGAUUCUUCCACCUCCAACAACAACUACUGCGCCACCCACAGAGAGUACACCGAAAACUGACCGUCAUGGAUGCAACCAUGGACAUACAGGAUAUGAAGAAGAGAACAGUAGCAACAGUGAUCCUAAAAGUGCCGGUCUUAGUGAUGAGGGUGACUCAGAUCAGUAAACUUUUGCCAUGUCUGGUUCCCACGUACUGUCACUGAACUGGUUUUAUGACCUACUUGAUACUUCUACAUGCUGUCUUCUGGAAUGAUAUUUUCUACUUCACUCAGCUGUUAAAGUACUUGUGUAUGUUGUAAUCCAAUAAAUACUCUGACGUAUGUU